AAAAUUUAAUAGUUACUAUUUAGUAUAUUUUAAUUAUAAAUACAUUAUUCAAUGAAAUUUAAAAAUAAUGCAAAAUAAUGCCUUUACCCCAAACGCAUUUAUAAGCAUUUAAAAGAAAAGAAAUUAAAAAUUGUAUUACUACUUUCUUCAAACUGCACAAAAAUGGAAAUUUAAGGAACCAAAUAUCCCUAUCACAAUUUAUUGUCCAAAUGGAAAUUAUAAAUCUGGUAUAUUUGUUGCAGUAUCUUCUCGUUUUUAUUUUUGCGCAUGAAGGUUUUGAGGAAUUAUUGUAUAAGGCCGUAACCGAAACUAAAUUUAUAGAAUGGAACAAGGGUUGUUUUAUUCCAGCUAUUCAAUCUCGACUCGUUCCAACUGUUUAUUCUAUCAUUGAAUUUAUGAAGGUUAAAAGAAAGGUGGAAAUAGAAUGGAAUGUUCCUGGAAAUUGUUUAUUUAAAUCCAAGGAAGAGUGCGCCGUUGAAGAAGUGCAAAUUCCUGAGGAUUGUUAUUUGAAAGAGUUAGAUGAAUCUCACGUACAUGUAAUGCAUUCUGUUUGGCCACAUAGAAAUGAAGAAAAUCCUGAAUUAACUACCAGACAAAUAUUAGCAAUGGUACAAUUCAAUGGAGGCAUAGGUUUAUUUUCAAAAGAAACCGAUCAACUUCUUUCGUGGGCUACACAAUCGGAAAUAGGUGCCAUCAGUCUUGUUCAAACGAUUGACCGUUGCAAACGCAGAGGAUAUGGAAAAGUUGUUACAAACGCUUUUGCAAAAGUAUUGUCAUCGAAAAAUAUUGAUUCGUUUGUGUUCAUAGUAAAAGGAAAUCUUCCCUCGGAAUCCAUGUUUAGUUCAUUGAAUUGGAAACAUGUCCAUGGCACUGACUGGAUUCAGACGAAAAAAAUCACUGUUGAUGUAGACAGCUAACAUUGAACAAUAAUUACGAUUUGAAAUAAUUUACUAAGUGUAGUAUCAAAUUAUUUUGUCUUACCUGCUCGUCGAUGAUGAAAAUAUAGUUUUUCUGUUUGUAGGGCAGAUUAUUAAUUGAAAUGAAAUUAUUCACCGAUUAGCUAUUGAAGAAAGAUAAAUUCUUGUAAUAUAUUCUGCGUGGUGUUUAACCGUAUUAAAGCUAAAAAGACACUUUAUUGUAUUCUUUUUCCAUUAAUUCAGAAGUUUUAAAUAUAUUAUGAGCCAAACGUUAAUUGUUAA